AGGGCGGCUGGGCGGGAGGCUCUCUCUGUGCUGUUGCCAGGCAACGGGAUGAAGAUGGGGACAGGGGGCUCGCGCUGUAGGCAGGGCUGCCUUCCCCGGGGCUUUAGCACGCCCUCCCCCCCUUUCUCCCCCGGGGCAGCUUGCGGGAGGGAGGCCAGCGCUCCUCACCCUGAAUCUGGCGGCGGAGAAACCAGACGGGGCGUUGCCUGAUGUCCGGGGAUCCCUCGCCCCCUUGGGGAGGAAACUGCUGCGAAAUAGACAGUCGGGUGAGCCAGCCUGACGGGCCUGGAAGGGAACUGUGGAUGCAGCAGGUGAAGAGCGAAGCGCCUCGUUACUCGGCCUGCUCGAUGGGCCGGUGGGGGUGGGGAUUGGAAGUCGCUCAGGUUUGCGGGAGUCUGACGCCCACCCUGAAUAACUGGAACCUCACUCUCUCUUCUCCACCCCCCUCCCCAUUUUCUUUAAAAAACAAACAAACCUCUGGUUGCAGUCUGGUUUUUGGCACCCUGUAUCCUGCUUAUUCUUCUUACAAAGCUGUGAAGACGAAAAAUGUGAAAGAAUAUGUUAAAUGGAUGAUGUAUUGGAUUGUAUUUGCCUUCUUCACCACAGCAGAAACGCUCACAGACAUCAUUCUGUCUUGGUUUCCCUUUUAUUUCGAGUUGAAAAUCGCAUUUGUGAUCUGGCUGCUCUCUCCUUAUACCAAGGGAUCCAGCGUCCUGUACAGGAAGUUUGUUCACCCAACGCUCUCCAAUAAGGAGAAGGAAAUAGAUGAAUAUAUUAGCCAGGCCCGUGACAGGAGUUAUGAAACUAUGAUGCGUGUUGGCAAGCGAGGAUUAAAUCUGGCAGCAAAUGCAGCAGUUACUGCAGCUGCAAAGGGCCAGGGGGUUUUGUCUGAAAAACUUCGGAGUUUCAGCAUGCAAGAUUUGACUUUGAUUCGAGAUGAUGACACAAUGCAUUUGCAAAGCCCCGAGUCACACAUGCAUAUGUCUUCUAAGGGCCAUCUUGAAACUAUUGAUGAUUCAGGUGCAUCGUAUUACUCUUCAUCUGAGGACAUAGCUAUGACUCAGAGACAUAAUGGAACACAGUCUGAUUCUAGAACUGAGCCAUCUGAUGAUGAUACAGGAGACAAAGUUCCAAAACGAACCCAGAGCCUUAAAGCUCCUAAGAAAACAAUAAAGACUGAGCCUCCACAGAAGGCAGUGAAAGCCCGUCCCAAGAAGAAAGCUACAGGCUCCACUCCGGUUGGUGAAUCAGCCUAAGGACAAUCCAGCUAAAAGUCUGUCCCAGAGCUCUUCUGCCACUGUGGGGGACACUCUCCAAGGAAUGGGAGCUGAGAUCUUGUACAUAACAGCUACCGCUUUGUAGAGCUCAUUCCAAGGCGAGGUGGUGAUUGAAAUUUGGCACACAGAUCAGAGGAUGGCGAUCCUCAGGAAUUAUAUACUCUUCGUCUCUAUGAUGGAAAAUGCUAAUCUGUCUGUAUAUAGCCUGUUGUUUUGGGAUUCCCUCUCCACGUGUAACCCUAGUAGAGAAACUCUUUGCUGGAAUACCUCUUUAAUUAGGGUUAGAACCACUUUUGGCAGAGAAGCUGGUUAAAAAAAAAAUGAGUGCAAUUGAAAUUCUAAUUUGCAUGGAGAGCUCCUGGUAGCUCUUCACUUGCUCUGUCAUGAUUUAGCUGCUAUGGGGAAUUGUUGGGAAGUGCCUGAAGUAAGGUGACUGGUACUGAAAAUUAUCGUUCAAAAUUGCUUUGGCGAAAGAAAGAAGGAGAAGUGAUAGUUUGCUGCAAAUGCAACAUCUUCACUGUCCGUGAAGUGGGUUUUGGCAAAGAAUUUCUUGG